UUUCAGUAAAUUAAUCCAGAUGAGCUGGCGUACCACCACCGCCAUCCUUUGCCUCUACGGAGCCGUAAAGGAGUUUCGACCAGCUACUCCAUUCCUCACUCCGUUUCUAGCAUCACCAGAAAAGAAUAUAACAUUAGAUGAGCUAUAUUCUCAAGUAUAUCCAUAUUGGACAUAUUCCUAUAUGCUAGCUCUGAUUCCCAUGUUUAUUCUAACUGAUAUCCUUCGUUACAAACCGAUUGUAAUGAUUGAGGCGAUUGGUUUGGUUGCCACAUGGGCAUUGUUAGUAUUUGGUAAAGGAGUAUGGCAGAUGCAGAUCAUGCAAGUCUCUUUUGGAGUUGCAUCAGCUGCUGAAAUUGCUUACUACUCUUAUAUUUAUUCAAUUGUUGAUAGGAAACAUUACAAAAGAGCAACAUCUUAUAUUCGCGCAGCUGCUCUUAUGGGAAAACUAGUUGCUUUUGGAUUAGGACAGACCUUGAUUUCAACUCACACAUCUGAUUAUUUGGUUCUUAAUCAAAUCUCUCUGGGAGCAGUCUGUCUUGUCACAAUCAUUGCGAUAUUUCUGCCACGUGUCAAGUCGGAGAAAGCCAAAGUUUCAAUGAGAGCACACGAGAUUGUUGAGCAGCAAACUGUUGAAUCUGUGGAAAGCGUACAAACGCCAAAAGCAGUAAAAAUGAGCUACACCCGCGAAUAUUUCAAGAAAAUAUCAGAAGAGCUUCAAAUCUGUUCAAAAAAUCAAGAACUGUUGAAAUGGUCAUUGUGGUGGGCUCUUGCAAGUUGUGGAGUAUAUCAAGUACAAAACUAUACCCAAUCACUUUGGAAAGAAUUGCAAAAUAAUCCUGAUGACGUUGCAAAUGGAGUUGUUGAAUUUGUGAACACUGCUCUCGGAGCCUUUCUUUCAUUAUUCAUUCAUCAUUUGUCAAUCGACUGGACACGUCAUGGACAAAUGAUUUUAUUCAUUACUUCUGCAAUUGUUGCCGUUCUUUUAUAUUUAUGCUCUCAAACAACAACUGUAUUGGUAGCUUAUUCUUCAUAUGUUGUUAUCACUUCAAUAUAUCAUAUGCUGAUUACAGCUGCUUCAGCAAAUGUAGCAAAAGAACUAUCUUCAAAUAAUCAUGGUCUCAUAUUCGGGUGCAAUACAUUUGUCGCAGUUUGUCUUCAAUCACUUCUCACACUGGUUGUAGUAGAUUCGCGGUUCUUACAUCUUGAUAUUAGGACACAAUUUGUAAUAUACUCAGGAUACUUUGCACUGGUCGCUUCAAUUUUUGCUUUUUUCUUCAUGAUCUCUUUAUUCUCUAAGAGCUCAAAUGCUCAUACUGCUCAAACAACCUAUGAAGCUACAAAUGAAAUCCAGGAAGAAACAGUCUUUCUAGACCAAAAUUGAUUUAAAACUUUAUAAGCAUAAUCAUAAAUACCUUCAAAUAAUAAAAACACCGUUUUUU